AUGAUUAAACUUGCUGAAUCGGUUAAACUGUGUAAAUGCACAAACCAGCUGAAUUUGUCCAACUAGUUAAAAUAGUUGGACAAUCUUAAGCUGUAAAAAUGGACAAAAUGCAGAAACUAACUGAAUUGGUUCAACUAGUUAAAAUGGUCAAACAAACUUAUUUGAUUUAAUUCGACAAAUGCACAAACUGAAUUGUGUUAACUGGUUAACAUCGUUAAAAAAGGUGAUUUUCCUUAGGUAAUUUAGUAUAAACAACUGAGUUGUUGAAUUGUUGUAAAAAGAUCGUAGAUAGGAGAUGUGAGAUGGAGAUGUACGCAUACAGCCGUACUUGCUAAACACAUCAAUAACCAUAAGCAGAUUUCCCUUAUUUCCUCAAUUCCAUUAACUGAAUUUCUGCAUGGCGACUAGAUCUUGUGCCUAUAGUCCAUCAACAUCAUUAACAAUAACACGUCAUCAAGUAAAAUCCCUCUUUAUAGGUUUGUGUAAUUCCUUUGCUAAUUGUUGCCAACUCAUUUUCUCACUCGACGGCUUUUUCAGUUUUUUGAGACCAAUAUCAUGUUUCUGUUUUGUGUUUAUCAUAUUUCUUGCAAGGAAAUGGCUCCAUUGUUUGUCCUUGUAUGGAACAGGAUCAAGUGAUUUUAACAUUUUUCUGUCAGCCUCAUUCUUACACUUUCCAUCAUCUUUACAUACACCGUUAUCUACAUCAUACUGCAUUGCAGCGAAAUCUGUGGCACCAGUUUGUUGGUCCCAUAUUUCCAGUAUCUCUUCUGUAUUGCUAUCAUGUCUCAGUUUCAUGUCUAUGCUAUCAUGUCUCAAUGUAAUGGAUUAUAGGGCCCUGUAUAUUUAUACGCUGGUAGUGUCCAUCCACUUCUUGGUUUGGGCGAUCUACCUAUUGCUUUCUGUAUAUCUACUGACUCACCAUAUGGACCAAAUUUAGCUCCCUUUGCGUGACUCUUUUCAACAGCCCAUUUACUUAGUGACUUGUUUCUACCAUUUUUCUUCUACCACUCAUACUUUUUUUUAUACCAGCAACUGUUUUCUCCUGUUAUUCUUUUUUCAUCGUGGGUCCAGAGAGAGCAUCCUUCCACACACAAAUAGCCUCAGGAACAGCAGAUAGUCUCUUCACUGAGUUUGCCUGUUCUAUUAACCUAUCUGCCAAUCACCCUCCAUCCAAAUCCUUUCUGUUGGUCUCAUACCUUUUAUUGGGUCUUACUUUUGUUAAUAAAUGAUCCAAUGCCUUUCCAGCAAUAUUGUGAAUAUAUGGAUUUAAUUUAUCAAGAGUAUAAUCAACAGCCUUUUUCUGCAGUUUAUUGUCUCUCUGAUGCAUAAUACCAGCCAGCUUCAGCUGUAGUCUUUGUGAAGUAUGGGAAACCUUUUAAUAUGAAUUUCUCUGAUGCUAAAUUCCCAAAACUGCCCAUAAUGCCAUCACCCUGUACUGUUAUUCCCUGACGUCUGAUAUUACGCAAAUCCUGUAUCUUGUCCUGAUGUUCAUUGGAAGUGUACAAAUAUGUCUUAUCAUAGUACACCAUUGGUUUCUGUAUCACAUGCAUCACAGUAUUUGUCUUUCCACAACCUGAUUACCCACAGAUGAGCCUUGGGUGGUUCUCAUUCAAUUUAUUAUUCAAUGCUCUCUUACUCUGUUAUUGUUAUUGUCAUAAUUUGGAAUCGUCAUAUGAAAUUAGUUUAGAUAAUAAAUGAUAAUUAUUUUUUCACUCUUGAUAACCAUGAUAUAUUCUAAAACACACCUAAUAUAACAUAAGAUAAUAUAAUAGAUGUUACUGAGCUGAAAGCAAAUGCGGAGAAGCGUAAAAAGGCUGACAAUGUACGCAGAAGUGUGGAAAAAACACUGAAACAAUAUGCUAAUGAACAACAGUAUAUAAGAAUGGAUACAGAAAGACAGGUUGAACCUAUCGUUACGGCACAGAAAGAGGUGGAGAUGUUUAGAUCGUCCGAAUAUUGUACAAGAUAUGAAUAUGUCUCUGUUGAUUUACAGAAGCCAGUAGUUACACCAGAUAAAAAGGCCUUUCAAAAACGGGAUAUAGGUUUGUUCUUGAUGAAUGAAGCCCAUCCUUUUGAUUGGUACAAUGGGUAAUUUGGGUACAUGAAUAAAAAAGCAGAUGAGGAACAGUUUGGUCCAGGAGAUGUUGUGGCUACAAUUGAUGGCAGUCAUUCAAUCAUUAACGUACUAAAGAUGGAGUUUAAUGGUGUGAAAUGUAUUGACACACCUAGUAUCUAUCAUGAAGUCAAGCUGAAAAACCCUGUAGAGUUUCCAAAAGAUUACAGUGAUAAAGUAGGACCAACUACGUUGGAUACAAAUACUGCAUCAGUUAAUGAAGUAGAGGUAAAUCAAUGACACAACCUGUAACACAACGGAGGCUUUAAUGAAACUGGUAUGAAGGAAGAGCCAGCAUAGAGACACGUGAAGAACAGAGCGAAGCACGCAGCCAUGCAUGUUUAUAACUAGCGUACCGUUGUCUGGUACUGGCGUGGCUUCCUUUUCCUCUACCCUCGAUCUUUUUAAAUUAGUGACGAGCUCCAUGGGUACAUGACAAAUACCAAAUUAGAUGCAAAUAGCUAAUAGUAAUGGAUAUAGCGCUUUUAAAGAAAAUUAGCCGAGUUCUAUGAAGUAGGGGGUUACAUGGUUGGAGUUGAUGACUCAGAGUCAAAAUCUUAGUUACAGUUCAUAGUGUCUAGAGCUCAGUUAGAGUUCAUAACAAAGUCAUCCUAUCGUGUGAGACAACGUCGCACGCGUGUGGACAUGCGGGGCAAGGGACAGGUAUCAGAGUCAUUG